UUCUUUCAGUAUUUGCAGAGAAAUAACUGUAAAACAUUUUACUUCAUUCUAUUAGAAAUAUUGAAAGGGGAUGAUGCAGCCAUGGCAGAAAAAGGCAUUAUUCCCCUUUAAGAGAAAUUUCUCUCAGACAUAGAAAAAAUACAGCAGUCUCCUAUUAUGAGUUGACCUUGGAGCCAAGAAGUAGUAGUUAUUCCCUCCAUCCAUUCCAUUACUAAUACAGCAGGCAAAAGUCAGAAAGAUUAGUUUCAAAAUUUCUAUAACCUCGAAGUAAAGUUUCAGCUGUCUUCCUUUAUCUGACAGUGUUUUUACUGGUGGUACUUUUAAGACUUAAACCAACCGUAGGCAACUAUUUUCUCUUCUUGAGCUUUAUGGGCAUCUUUUAUAGAAACUUUACCUAGCUGUCAGUCUAUUAACUCCCAAGUAUUUAGUUUGAUUCAUCGGAUUGCAGAUAUUUCGAAAAGGUACCACAAAAAUACAUGGGCCUGAGAAUCCUCAAGGGGGUUGGAUUCCAGUGAGCUAGCGAAGGAUCUUCAAGGUGUUUAUUGAGCACUUAUUCCCUGGACUGUGCAUGAUGCUGUAUAGGCAUUAUUAAGUUAAGCCUGACAAUUCUCUAAGUUAUGGACUUAGUAUGUAAUUGAUGGUCUCUGUCUUCAAAGUGGAAAUACACUCUCCACUGUGUUUAUGAAAAUCACUAAAUGACUGCCUGGCUGGGUGUAUGCAGUGGGUUUCUCUCUGAUUACCAGUGAUAGAUUAUCAUGAUUAAUCCUCACCAUUUCCCAUUCUCCUCUGCACCCUCCCCCAGUUUUUAUGAUGAAAACCAUCUUCAUCUGUUUGUGCUGCUAUAAUAACAUACCUGAGACUGGGGAAUUUAUAAACAAGGGAAAUUUAUUUCUCACAGUUCUGGAGGCUGAGAAGUCCAAUAUCAAAGUGCUGGCAGGUUCAGCAUCUGGUGAGGACCCUGUUCCCUGCUUCCAAGAUGGUGCCUUCUUGCUAAUCCUCUGGAGGUGACAAAUGCUCUGUCCUCACACGGUAAAAGGUGGAAAAGCAAAAAGGUCUAAGUUAGUUCCCUCCAGUCAUUUUAUAAGGCACUAGUGGGGUCCCAAAAUGCCACUUUUUAUUUUUUUUGAGAUGGCGUCUUUCUCUGUUGCCCAGGCUGGAGUGCAAUAGCUUGAUCUUGGCUCACUGCAGCCACCGCCUCCUGGGUUCAAGUGAUUCUCCUGCCUCAGCUUCCUGAGUAGCUGGAAUUACAGGCACCCGCCACCAUGCCUGACUAAUUUUUGUAUUUUUAGUAGAGACAUAGUUUUGUCAUAUUGGCCAGGCUGAUCUUGAACUCCUGACCUCAGGUGAUCUGCCCUCCUGAGCCUCCCAAAGUGCUGGGAUUACAGGCGGGAGCCACCACGUCUGGCCCAAAGACCACUUUUUAAUACCAUCACAGUGAGGAUUAAAUUUCGACAGUGGAAGGUGGAAAAGCAAAAAGGCCUAAGUUAGUUCUCUCCAGACCUUUUAUAAGGCACUAGUUGGGUCCCAAAAGGCCACUUUUUAAUACCACCACAAUGAGGAUUAAAUUUUAACAUAAAUUUUGGAAGGGACAUAAACAUUCAAUUCAUAAAUCAAAGGCAGAUAUUAUGCUCCUUUGCUUGAACAAAUAGCCAGUCUCUGGCAAUGGACCAUUUUCUAACUUGUAUAAAGCUGGCUGGCCCACAUAAGGAUUCAAUCCAUAACUCAUACUUAACUUCUUGAUCUAACCAGCUAAACUAUUCAUUAUAGUUAAAAAGGCAAUACACAAUAGAGGAACAUACUCGCUAGUUUCUAAGUUUUAGUAAUUUUCAAUGCCUUGACUAGAUCAAACUAGUAAGAUACAGAGCCUGCAUUUGAUUCCAGGUUUGCUGAAUUCCAAUGUUGUACAGCUUUAAAAAGGGAAUUAUUGCAUGCUUUAAAAUGGUGUUUCUGUCUCACUGCAUGUGGUGAGUGAUGAAUCACUGAAUGGAUGAUUAACUGUUCUGAAUGGUGCGGUUUAUUACACAUUGUACAUUGUGUGCUAUGCACCACUGACCUGCAUAGGAUCUAUGUGUGUUCUUCUGAAUAUUGAAAAAAUGAGGAAAAUGGUACUUUCUAUCUGCCCCUGAGGAUGUUAUGUGUAUUAAUAAACUAGCAUCUUUGAAGAAAAGAUCCACAUGCAACGACCUUUUCAUUUGAUAGCAAGAAGUCUGAAUUAGUGAAAAGUCAGAAUAAGUGAUUACUUGGAAUUUUAAAAAAUCACCUUCAAGAACAUUCAGUAGUGAAAACAAAGAUUUAUUAAGUGGAUUGAUGGGUCUUUUAUUGAAUAUGUAAUAAUUCUUAGGAAAUUCCUAUUUAUAUGAAUUAUAAGUGAGUAGGUGCUGCCCAAGUGCUUAAAAGCCAUUUGUUCUUUUAAGAAUCUUCACCAUUCCUUCUAAGACUUUGGAGCAUUUGGUGAUGUCCUUAACAAGCCAUUGUAUAUAGCAGAGGAGUAAAGUGGAAUCACACAUAAAUGGUCACAUAUUUCAAAUAUGAAGAUGUAAACAGUUUAGGGUCUACUCUGAGCACCUACUUAGAGUAGUAGAGCUGAGCAGUUGAAGUCAUUUGUUCUGAAAUCACAUAGGUCUAAUCCUGAAAUCCCCUCUUAACCAUGUGACUUUGGACAGGUUACCUAGUAUCUCUAACAUCACCUGUGCUCAUUUCUAAAAUGGAAAGAAUACUGAUUAGACAUAUCUUAUACGAUUUGGGGGCUACUAAAUAAGAUAAUGCAUGAAAAGUACUAUGAAUCAUAUUUACAACAUAAUAAAGAUCAGCUGCUUCUAUUAUUAAUAUUAACACUAUUAAUAAGGAGUAAUUUUACAAAUGAUGCUCUCUCCCUGUGAGAGGUUAUGGGUAACAACUGAGUCUAUAUUUGUUAGCAUCAUAAGAAGACAACUCCAUAUAUAGUAUUCUGCCCCCGGAUUUCUGCUUCUUGUUUAAGGUGGGAGCAAAGAAAUGACAGGUUCAAUCCAAAAUAUCUUUGAGUUGUUCAGCUAACCGUGGAAUUGGGUGAAGGAUUUAGGAUGGCUAUGUUUUGGAUCUGAAAUAAGGGGAUUUCAAGACUCCUGUAUUUACUACAGAAUAUUCCAAACAUUUGCAGCUACCUUGAAACUAUGAAUCAGCCAAUAGGAAGAAGGGGCCCCAGGUAACUGCUGUAGAAACACUGCCGGCUUUCGCCCUGGCUUCUUUUCUGCUCACUGCAGUAGCAACUUAGCUUCAAAAUGUCCUCUUUAGUCAUGCAUUCUGAUCAAAGUAGUUAUUUAAAGAUUGUGGCUAAUAGUAGAGUAGAUACCCCUGGUAUUUCCCAGAGCAGAGCUCGCAUUCUGGGAAUCUUAGGUCCAUGUGACUUCCUGAGUCAGUGAUUCACACUGAGAAAAGAGAUAGGUUUGGCAUGACACAAUCUGCAGAUUCAAAUAAAUCCCCUGGGAGAGAAUGAGGCUGCUGAGAGUCCUCUUUGCUGGCUGAAGCUCCCAAUGUAUGCACAAAACACCCUGUCCCGGGCCCCAGAUGUGUGCAGGUUUCUAAUUGCCGGUGCUGCACUAAGAUUUGAAGGGUGAGAGAGUUGCAAAAUCACGAACACCGAGGGCGGUGUUAGGAAGGCAGCUUCCUGCACACUGUUGUAGGUGUUAGUGAGAUUAUCAAUUGCUCCGGGAGAGACACAGGACUGGAGGGCUUGAGGAAUGUGGUGGUCCCUCUCUUCGUUGUUUCUGCCCCCUGAGGUUGUGCUUUCUCAGGGAUAUGCACUCUGCACUUCCAUUCCUGCAGUGAAAUUAACUCGAGCUUGGCAGAACCCCUGCCAAGGGACAGCCUUCAAUAAAUACGAAGCUGGACACUAGGCUGGUUGCUACAAAUACAAAGAAAAGCAAGUCAUAUCAUCUCCUACCAAGGAGCUCACAACCUGGAUGAUGAUGCCAAUUCUAAGACUAACAAGAACAGCUCGAGAGGAGAAUGUGGCCACUUUCCGAGGCUCAGAGUAUCUGUGCUACGACCUGUCUCAGAACCCGAUCCAGAGCAGCAGUGAUGAAAUCACCCUCUCCUUUAAGACCUGGCAGCGUAACGGCCUCAUCCUGCACACGGGCAAGUCGGCUGACUAUGUCAACCUGGCUCUGAAGGAUGGUGCGGUCUCCUUGGUCAUUAACCUGGGGUCCGGGGCCUUUGAGGCCAUUGUGGAGCCAGUGAAUGGAAAAUUCAACGACAACGCCUGGCAUGAUGUCAAAGUGACACGCAACCUCCGGCAGCACUCAGGCAUCGGACACGCUAUGGUGACAAUCUCUGUGGAUGGCAUUCUUACCACGACGGGCUACACUCAAGAGGACUAUACCAUGCUGGGCUCGGACGACUUCUUCUAUGUAGGAGGAAGCCCAAGUACCGCUGACUUGCCUGGCUCCCCUGUCAGCAACAACUUCAUGGGCUGCCUUAAAGAGGUUGUUUAUAAGAAUAAUGACAUCCGUCUGGAGCUGUCUCGCCUGGCCCGGAUUGCGGACACCAAGAUGAAAAUCUAUGGCGAAGUUGUGUUUAAGUGUGAGAAUGUGGCCACACUGGACCCCAUCAACUUUGAGACCCCAGAGGCUUACAUCAGCUUGCCCAAGUGGAACACUAAACGUAUGGGCUCCAUCUCCUUUGACUUCCGCACCACAGAGCCCAAUGGCCUGAUCCUCUUCACUCAUGGAAAGCCCCAAGAGAGGAAGGAUGCUCGGAGCCAGAAGAAUACAAAAGUAGACUUCUUUGCCGUGGAACUCCUCGAUGGCAACCUGUACUUGCUGCUUGACAUGGGCUCUGGCACCAUCAAAGUGAAAGCCACUCAGAAGAAAGCCAAUGAUGGGGAAUGGUACCAUGUGGACAUUCAGCGAGAUGGCAGAUCAGGUACUAUAUCAGUGAACAGCAGGCGCACGCCAUUCACCGCCAGUGGGGAGAGCGAGAUCCUGGACCUGGAAGGAGACAUGUACCUGGGAGGGCUGCCGGAGAACCGUGCUGGCCUUAUUCUCCCCACCGAGCUGUGGACUGCCAUGCUCAACUAUGGCUACGUGGGCUGCAUCCGCGACCUAUUCAUUGAUGGGCGCAGCAAGAACAUUCGACAGCUGGCAGAGAUGCAGAAUGCUGCGGGUGUCAAGUCCUCCUGUUCACGGAUGAGUGCCAAGCAGUGUGACAGCUACCCCUGCAAGAACAAUGCUGUGUGCAAGGACGGCUGGAACCGCUUCAUCUGCGACUGCACCGGCACCGGAUACUGGGGAAGAACCUGCGAAAGGGAGGCAUCCAUCCUGAGCUAUGAUGGUAGCAUGUACAUGAAGAUCAUCAUGCCCAUGGUCAUGCAUACUGAGGCAGAGGAUGUGUCCUUCCGCUUCAUGUCCCAGCGAGCUUAUGGGCUGCUGGUGGCUACGACCUCCAGGGACUCUGCCGACACCCUGCGUCUGGAGCUGGAUGGGGGGCGUGUCAAGCUCAUGGUUAACUUAGACUGUAUCAGGAUAAACUGUAACUCCAGCAAAGGACCAGAGACCUUGUAUGCAGGGCAGAAGCUCAAUGACAAUGAGUGGCACACCGUUCGGGUGGUGCGGAGAGGAAAAAGCCUUAAGUUAACCGUGGAUGAUGAUGUGGCUGAGGGUACAAUGGUGGGAGACCAUACCCGUUUGGAGUUCCACAACAUUGAAACGGGAAUCAUGACUGAGAAACGUUACAUCUCCGUUGUCCCCUCCAGCUUUAUUGGCCAUCUGCAGAGCCUCAUGUUUAAUGGCCUUCUCUACAUUGACUUGUGCAAAAAUGGUGACAUUGAUUAUUGUGAGCUGAAGGCUCGUUUUGGACUGAGGAACAUCAUCGCUGACCCUGUCACCUUUAAGACCAAGAGCAGCUACCUGAGCCUUGCCACUCUUCAGGCUUACACCUCCAUGCACCUCUUCUUCCAGUUCAAGACCACCUCACCAGAUGGCUUCAUUCUCUUCAAUAGUGGUGAUGGCAAUGACUUCAUUGCAGUUGAGCUUGUCAAGGGGUAUAUACACUACGUUUUUGACCUCGGAAACGGUCCCAAUGUGAUCAAAGGCAACAGUGACCGCCCCCUGAAUGACAACCAGUGGCACAAUGUCGUCAUCACUCGGGACAAUAGUAAUACUCAUAGCCUGAAAGUGGACACCAAAGUGGUCACUCAGGUUAUCAAUGGUGCCAAAAAUCUGGAUUUGAAAGGUGAUCUCUACAUGGCUGGUCUGGCCCAAGGCAUGUACAGCAACCUCCCAAAGCUCGUGGCCUCUCGAGAUGGCUUUCAGGGCUGUCUAGCAUCAGUGGACUUGAAUGGACGCCUGCCAGACCUCAUCAAUGAUGCUCUUCAUCGGAGCGGACAGAUCGAGCGUGGCUGUGAAGUUGCGUUGACCAAAGCUGACCUGCAAGGACCCAGUACCACCUGCCAGGAAGAUUCAUGUGCCAACCAGGGGGUCUGCAUGCAACAAUGGGAGGGCUUCACCUGUGACUGUUCUAUGACCUCCUAUUCUGGAAACCAGUGCAAUGAUCCUGGCGCUACGUACAUCUUUGGGAAAAGCGGUGGGCUUAUCCUCUACACCUGGCCAGCCAAUGACAGGCCCAGCACGCGGUCUGACCGCCUUGCCGUGGGCUUCAGCACCACUGUGAAGGAUGGCAUCUUGGUCCGCAUCGACAGUGCUCCAGGACUUGGUGACUUCCUCCAGCUUCACAUAGAACAGGGGAAGAUUGGAGUUGUCUUCAACAUUGGCACAGUUGACAUCUCCAUCAAAGAGGAGAGAACCCCUGUAAAUGACGGCAAAUACCAUGUGGUACGCUUCACCAGGAACGGCGGCAACGCCACCCUGCAGGUGGACAACUGGCCGGUGAAUGAACAUUAUCCUACAGGCAACACUGAUAAUGAACGCUUCCAAAUGGUAAAACAGAAAAUCCCCUUCAAAUAUAAUCGGCCUGUAGAGGAGUGGCUGCAGGAAAAAGGCCGGCAGUUAACCAUCUUCAACACUCAGGCGCAAAUAGCCAUUGGUGGAAAGGACAAAGGACGCCUCUUCCAAGGCCAACUCUCUGGGCUCUAUUAUGAUGGUUUGAAAGUACUGAACAUGGCGGCUGAGAACAACCCCAAUAUUAAAAUCAAUGGAAGUGUUCGGCUGGUUGGAGAAGUCCCAUCAAUUUUGGGAACAACACAGACGACCUCCAUGCCACCAGAAAUGUCUACUACUGUCAUGGAAACCACUACUACAAUGGCGACUACCACAACCCGUAAGAAUCGCUCUACAGCCAGCAUUCAGCCAACAUCAGAUGAUCUUGUUUCAUCUGCUGAAUGUUCAAGUGAUGAUGAAGACUUUGUUGAAUGUGAGCCGAGUACAGGUAGGUCAGGAGGUGAAUUAGUUAUCCCUCUUCUUGUAGAAGACCCUUUAGCUACCCCUCCUAUUGCUACUCGUGCACCUUCCAUUACACUCCCCCCUACCUUUCGCCCCCUCCUCACCAUUAUUGAGACCACCAAAGAUUCCCUGUCCAUGACCUCUGAGGCGGGGUUACCUUGCUUGUCGGACCAAGGCAGCGAUGGUUGUGAUGAUGAUGGCUUGGUGAUAUCUGGGUAUGGCUCAGGGGAAACCUUUGACUCUAACCUGCCCCCUACUGAUGAUGAAGAUUUUUACACCACCUUCUCCUUGGUAACAGAUAAGAGUCUUUCCACUUCAAUCUUCGAAGGUGGCUACAAAGCACAUGCGCCCAAGUGGGAAUCCAAGGACUUUAGACCUAACAAAGUCUCCGAAACUAGUAGGACUACUACCACAUCUUUAUCCCCUGAGCUGAUCCGCUUCACAGCUUCCUCCUCGUCUGGGAUGGUGCCCAAAUUGCCAGCUGGCAAAAUGAAUAACCGUGAUCUCAAACCCCAGCCUGAUAUAGUCUUGCUUCCGUUGCCCACUGCCUAUGAGCUAGACAGCACCAAACUGAAGAGCCCACUAAUUACUUCCCCCAUGUUCCGUAAUGUGCCCACAGCAAACCCCACGGAGCCGGGAAUCAGACGGGUUCCGGGGGCCUCAGAGGUGAUCCGGGAGUCGAGCAGCACAACAGGGAUGGUCGUCGGCAUUGUGGCUGCUGCCGCCCUCUGCAUCUUGAUCCUCCUGUACGCCAUGUACAAGUACAGGAACAGGGACGAGGGGUCCUAUCAAGUGGACGAGACGCGGAACUACAUCAGCAACUCCGCCCAGAGCAACGGCACGCUCAUGAAGGAGAAGCAGCAGAGCUCGAAGAGCGGCCACAAGAAACAGAAAAACAAGGACAGGGAGUAUUACGUGUAAACAUGCGAACACUGCUCACACGCGAGUUUUCACAGUUAUUUCUAUCCACGCCUAUGAAUCUUUGGACGGUGAGAUCUCACAGAUGUCAGAACUGCUGGAACUAUGAAAUGGGGUAUAUAACCACGACUCUGGUGGGGAAAACCGUUUUUUUAAAGGACACACACACACAGCGAUGCAUCUCUCUCUAAAGCUCAGCCACGGCUGCGGCAAGGUCCCAGCGGUCGCUGGGAGACAGAAGGUUUUGUGCCCUGCUGUAUCAUAAAGCACACACUUAGCGCUCUGGAGCCGGACGGUGGCUCCACCACUUCCGCAGGCCUGGAAACUUCCUUCUCCGGAGGACCUUUUACUAAAAGGUAGAAGACUUCAUGGCUUACUUGUUCCAUAACUCCAAGUGAGUCUGUAAUGUUUGUGAAGCUUGACUGUAACCAUGUUUUUUCUGUUUAAUUAUGUAAAAAACAAAACUACAACAACAAAAAAAGAAAAAAGUUAAAAAAGAAAAAAACACCAAAAAACAAAAACAAAAAAAAAACCCACAACCCUUAUCUGGUUCUGACCAGUGUGCGUCUAACUUUAUGAUCUGAGGGGAAAAAUGGCUUUUGGGUUUUUGUUUCUUUUUUUGAUAAUGACUGGACAUCAGAAGAGGAAAAAAACUCAAAACAAAAGCGAGAGAGACUAUUGCCAUAUGAACUCAAAAGCUACCAUGGUGUUCACUCUACAUAUCAGGUUAUGGUGUCUCUAGAAUCUGUUGUUUGUUUCCUAUAAGAUGCUUUGCUGAACACAUAGCAAAAUUCAUGUGACGGAUGAUAAAUUGAUUCGAAAAGCUGGUCCCCCAGGAUCUAAUUUCAGAAUUUACCACCCAAACCCGGAACAGAUGGGUUUAGGGCUGGUGUUAUCAGAGCUAUUGGCUUUACGUAACAAUAUUGUUCCUGUCCAUUCACCCAGCCAAAUUGUGUUAAAGAGGAAAGCCCCACAAACUAAAACAGCCUUUCCUAGGGAAGAGGAAGGGGAGGUGGGCUGGAUCUGUGACUGACUGAAAUGCAUGCAAAUAAAAAAGACAAUAUUAAAGUCUGUUAUCAAACCAGACAGUAGGGGAGUUCAACUCGUGAUGGAACCACAAAAGGUCACACAAGCCAACCAUGUCAUGCCAGAGUACAAAACACAUAGUUCUUUCCCCGCCCCGAACGUGACAAUGGUUUUCAUAGUGGUUUAAUUUUGUAGCCUGACAUUUAUGGAUAACUCUGUCCUUCCAUUUGCUCACUUCUCUCUUCACCCAUCUUUUUUAAAAACAAAUAAAUGAAUAAAGCUGCUGUGACACACACACAAAAGGAAUUUAAUAGUAUAAUAUAUAUAUAAAUAAAUAUAUAUACAGAUAUAUUUAUCAUGGUAUGUUUGAUGGGAUGACUGACACAGGAAAUCUGUUAAAGUCUUGAAAUGGAAUGAGAAUGUUGUUUUAAAAGAAAAUAGCAAAACAACAAAAAAGCAAACCUUAAAAUGUGAAGAAAGUGUGAAUUUUAGUUUUGUCACAGUUAACUGUGUCAAAGAGAAUUUAAAAAAAAAUUCAGAUUUUGUUUACAUAUUUUACUACAUUUUUGCUGGUAUAAUUCCUUAGCCACCUAUGUACAUACUGCUUUAAGAAAUGUUUUUUUCCUGUUUAUUUCUGUUUGGUUUAUAUUCUGGUUGUCUUUUUCUUUUUGUAAAGAGGAAACAAUGUACAGAAAAACAAUAAACUGGUUGUAUGGCCAUAGCUAUCCGAAAAGCAAGAGACAAAGCAAGACAAAUAUUCACACAAAAAUGAAGUGUGUCCUCUGGAGGGUCAGAUAUACAAUUUCUUUUGUACAGAUGAAAAUCAAUCAGCUGCUUAGAUUUAGAAAUCUACUCUUGCUGGUCUUUGUAAGUUGCAUGAAUAUUUGACUUUGAAAAAAUAUCUUAACGACAUGGGGCAAAAAGUGCAAUCUAAAUGGUAGCCUUUACUAAUGUGUGUGGAAAGAGGUGUUCCUCAUUAUCUAAUAUUUCAAUGUGUUAAGAGUUUAAUUUUUUUGUUAUCAUUAAAAAAGACAGGAUUAUAAAGAGAUAUCAAAGCACGAUUUUAGAUAACCUAAACGGCCCAGCCUAUACGAAGUUGAUUAUAUCUCGAUGUCUGUAAAAGAUUGCUGUUCUUGGAGUCUUGAGGUCUUGUGAAUUGAUUUCCUGCUUUCUUUCAUUUUUUUCAAUUUAAGUAAUAAUACAUUCGUUAUAUUACUUUCAGUGUAAGUUUCUAUUUGGACAAUUUUAUGGGAACAUGUGCAUUCUCUAUGUGAGCUUCUAUCAUAUUCCUGUUUUAUUAGCAGAACCUAAAGGAAUUUAUUUAAUGAUGUUGUGACAUUACUGCUUUUUCUUUUUUCUUUUCUUAGUUCAUAUUUGCAUUUUCGUUCAAGGAUAUGCUUAGCAAUAAAAUGUUCUUCCCAAAACCUCGUAUGCUGAUGCACUUUUAUUUUCUUAACAUUUGAGAAAAUCUCGCACUGAAGCUAAUUAUGUCAUAUCUUAUUAAAAGCCGAGUAAGAGCUAGACCACUUUCAUGUGAUAGAAGAUAUUCUAAGCAGUUACUAAUUAUUACAUUAUCAAAAUGCCAUAUUUAUGAGAUAAUUAUCAUCUGUUACUUGAGGCAUUAUUUUUUAGAUUGCUAUGAUAGAAUAACCAGGAGGGAGUACAUUUUUCUGAAAAGAUGAUAGAAACAUUGUAUUCUAGGAAAGAUUAUUGGAUACUAUGGUUUUUUUUUGUUUUGUUCUUUUGCUUGUUUUUGUUUUUUUUUUUGAGACAGAGUCUCGCUCUGUCGCCCAGGCUGGAGUGCAGUGGCACGAUCUCGGCUCACUGCAAGCUCCACCUCCCGGGUUCACACCAUUCUCCUGCCUCAGCCUCCCGAGUUGCUGGGACUACAGGCGCCCGCCACCAUGCCCAGCUAACUUUUUGUAUUUUUCGUAGAGACGGGGUUUCACCGUGUUAGCCAGGAUGGUCUCGAUCUCCUGACGUCGUGAUCCACCCGCCUCGGCCUCCCAAAGUGCUGGGAUUACAGGCGUGAGCCACCGCGCCCGGCUUGGAUACUAUGUUUUUUAAAGGCAUUUCGUACCUUUUACGUAUUCUCUAUAAGUCAACAAGCUUUAAACAGUAUUUAAAACUAUGUUCACAUAGUGCCAUAAGCACUAGAAAGUCUUAGAUGUCUUUUUCCAAGCCUCCCACCAUAUUAAAAUUUAAAAUUAAAAAACAGAAUCCAAAACCAAAA